GUGGCAGACACUGUGACACAUUUGUUGACCGGAUGCCCAAACUGGGCUAAUAAAGCGGAUAACGCCCGCUUUCCAAGCCCCAAACUGGAUCCCAAUCCAGAAGUAAACCCCCGGCCGAAACCAGGCCUUCUCUCUCUCCCUCUGCCGCUUUUCUUCUCCGGCGACGAAAUUUAUGGGGUUCGCGAGCGAAAUGGGCGGUGGCUACAACGGGAGGGUGACGGUCUUCGUCGUCCUCUCCUGUAUGGUUGCGGCCAGCGGAGGACUCCUCUUCGGCUACGACCUCGGCAUCUCAGGUGGAGUGAGUACCAUGGAGGGGUUCUUGGAGAAGUUCUUUCCCGAGGUAUACACUCAGAUGAAGGAGGACACCAAGAUCAGCAACUACUGCAGGUUUAACAGCGAGCUCCUGACGACCUUCACGUCUUCGCUCUACAUUGCUGGGCUUGUGGCGUCCUUGUUUGCUUCGCCGAUCACGCGGGCGUUCGGCCGAAGGGCGUCCAUGCUCAUCGGAGGGGCCAUGUUCUUGGCUGGCGCCGCAUUGGGCGGGGCGGCUACGAACGUUUACAUGGUUAUCUUUGGCCGCGUCUUGCUUGGUGCGGGCAUUGGGUUCACUAACCAGUCAAUUCCAUUGUACCUAUCAGAAAUGGCUCCACCCCAGCACCGCGGAGCAAUGAAUAAUGGUUUUGAGGUUUGUGUUAGCAUUGGAAUUCUUGUAGCUAACUUCAUCAACUAUGGAAUUAACCAGACUCAUAUCAGAUGGGGUUGGAGAAUCUCUUUAGCCUUGGCUUCAGUUCCAGCUUCCUUUCUAACUGUUGGUACCUUUUUCCUCCCUGAGACACCCAACAAUAUUAUUCAGCGCAAUGGUGACCUCCAUAAGGCAGAGCAGCUGCUUCAAAAGAUCCGAGGCACCACUGAUGUUAAAAAAGAGCUCGAUGAUUUGAUUUCUGCUGGCAUUAUCGCAAAAGGCAUUCGUCACCCUUUUCGAAAGAUCAUUCAACAGAAGUACCGCCCUCAGCUUGUGAUGGCAAUCUUAAUCCCCUUUUUCCAACAAGUUACUGGCAUUAAUGUGAUUAACUUCUAUGCGCCAAUUAUGUUUCGAACCAUCGGGCUAAAAGAGAGUGCUUCUCUCAUGGCAGCAAUAUGCACAAGGCUAGUUGCUUUAAGUUGCAACAUCCUAGCAAUGGUGUUAGCUGAUAGAUGGGGCCGGCGAACUCUGUUUAUAACUGGGGGAAUUCAGAUGUUUUUGUCACAGAUAAUAGUUGGUGGAAUAUUGGCAGCUGAGUUCAAAGACCAUGGAGAAAUGAUCAGAGGCAUCGCUUAUUUGGUAUUGGCCAUCAUAUGUUUCUUUGUAGCAGGUUUCUCAUGGUCUUGGGGGCCUUUGGGAUGGUUAGUCCCAAGCGAGAUUUUCCCACUGGAGAUUAGAUCAGCAGGGCAAAGCAUUGUGGUAGCAGUGAACUUUUUGGCGACUUUUCUUGUUGCUCAUUCCUUCCUUCCGAUGCUUUGUCAUCUGAAGUCUGGAACUUUCUUCUUCUUUGGCGGAUGGGUUGCUGCCAUGACCUUUUUUAUAUAUAUGUUCUUACCAGAGACCAGGAAUGUGCCAGUUGAGCAAAUGGAUCAAGUUUGGAAGAAGCAUUGGUUUUGGAAGAAGAUGGUCUGGGAUGGGAAAGAGGAAAGCAAGGUGGAUCCAACGAGCACGGCAGACUCACAUCUGUAAAUUUCCUCUUUUUCCGCCAGUUAGAGACAUGCAGACUGACAGAAAGUUAUUGGUAGUAAUUUACCUGAAGUUGAUAAAGAUGAAUAGUUUACUGAGGGGUGGUCGGGAUUUUAAUGCACAUUUCAUGAUUUCCUUGGUGAGGUCAGUUUGUA